AUGUCUUCAUACGCCAUCACCGGAGCUUCCAAAGGCCUUGGCCGUGAGUUCGUGCGUCAACUCGCCACCGAUCCGAAUAACACAGUCCUGGCUAUCGUUCGAAACCCUGAAUCUCCUGGGGUAUCCGAGCUCGCCUCUCAAUACGCCAAUGUGCACCUCAUUGCGGGUGAUGUCACAGAUCCCAAAUCGAUUCUCAAUGCUGCCUCAGCCGCUGCCGCCAUCACAGGCGGUAAACUAGAUGUGCUUAUUCAUAACUCCAACGCCGUGGAUGCAGCCACUAUGUCGUUCAACCCGAGUCAAUUCCCUUUUGAUUCUGAAGCAACUCGGGCGAUGUUUGAGCCGUCCUUGACCACAGCUAUCUACGGAGGAUUAUGGACCACGAACGCUUUUCUACCCUUGAUUGAGAAGGGAGUACAGAAGAAGAUCGUGCACAUCUCCAGCGCUAUGGCAGAAGUGGAUCUUAUUCGCGGAACUGGCAUUAGCUAUGGUGUUGCAUACUCUGUUGCCAAGGCAGGAAUGAAUGUUCAAAUCGCCAAAUACGCAGCUGAACUGGCUCCUCGAGGAAUUAAAGUGCUGGGUUUAAGCCCGGGCUGGGUUGAUACAUGGGAGGGAGAAAAACCUUCCGCCGUGGUGGAAGGUGAUGCAUUCAUGCUGAAACAGUUUCAGACCAUCGCGCCCAGUUUGGAAGGGCAGAUCCAGCCAGAGGAAAGCGUCGCAAAGUCCAUCCAGGUGAUCGCAAAUAUGGAUGAUGAGUCCAGCGGUCUGCUUCUGAGUCAUAACGGAAACAGAGAAAAUUGGUUCUGA